AUGACAAAGCUAUAAUCACCUAAGAAAAAGGUUGUAAAACCUAAGAAGCAUCUUGUAUAAAUUGGAAUGAUGAUGCAGAAAACUAAAAAGCCAAGAGCAGUUCCAUUAAGAUAAGGAACUCUGACCAUAAUAAACUAAGCUGCUAUAGAUGCCAAAAUAAAAAGGAAUCAUUAGCAGGAGGAUACUGAGUAGGACAUUUUUCUAGCAGGAAACAAAAAGUAAAUGCCUGAACAAGCUAAAAUUAAGCUUAAGUGGAAAACCAUAUAAUAUCUGCUUGAGAAUAAAAAACCAUAAAUUGAGAUGCUUACUAGUAACUUAAAAGAACUUAUAACUGAAGUAAAGAAUGAUAAGAAAUCUCUUUUAAGAGGAGCUGCUGCGAGAAGUGAGAAGGCAAAACGCCUUGGAACCACUCUAUUAAAAGUAAUGUCAAGUGUUGAAACUAAAGAUGACUCAGCUGAGAGAAGAGCUACAGAAAAUGAUAGCGACAAAGGCUUAAAUAGAGAUGAAUUUGCUAAGCUACUAGCUAUGAUAGGUUUAGGUACAGAUAAAAACUUGAUAGAAAAACUAUUCUGGAUAUUUGAUGAUGAUGGUAAUGGUGAAGUAGAUCAUAAAGAAUUAGCUGUUGGGCUUGAGAUGUUAAAAGAAAACACAUUUGCAGAUAAAAUCGAUAGAUUUUUCGACAUUUGUGAUGAAGAUGGAAGUGGUACAAUUGACAGAAAAGAGUUUUACAAUUUACUUAAACUAUCAAUGGUAAAUUAUGAAGAUGUUUCUAGUUUGAAGAGUCUAGUUAAAAAGCUAUUCGCAAUGGUUGAUAAAAGAGGGACCGGUGAAAUUACAAAGCAAGAGAUGCAAUAUGCUUGCUAGAAUAACUAGUAGAUUAAAGAUCUAAUCGAGAAGAAUGUUAAGAUACUUAAGGAAGUUGAUCAUUGGAUUGAAAGUGAUCUUGAAAAGCCAUUCCACACCAGAAUUACAUUUACCCUAGGCAAUUCAAAUUCAAGGUCUAAGGGAGUGUACUAUCCUUCGAUAAACAAAUUGGUUGCUGCUCUUGAAGAAAGAGAAAAUGUCAUUAGAAAUUAUGAGUCUAUUAAAGAAGAAAACAGACUAAAUAUGAGAAAGUUAAAAGGUAUUCAGCAUGAAGAUGAAUCUGAAGAUGAAUACUGA